AUGGAGGACAUUGACAUGGAGUCAAUAGGCCAUGGAGGAACAAGUUCGCGCUGCUGCUUCUGUCUUCCGUCGUCGUGGUCGCGGAUGCGGACCUUCCAAAACGACGAACGGUGGUGGUCCCGAGGCAUCAGAGCCUUGUACAAGCUUCGAGAGUGGUCCGAGAUCGUCGCCGGCCCCAGGUGGAAGACUUUCAUCCGCCGAUUCAACAGAAGCAGAAGCAUAGGCCGUGCGGCCUGCGCCAGCAAUCACGGGAAAUUCCAAUACGAUCCCUUGAGUUACGCUCUGAACUUCGACGAGGGCCCGGUCGACGAAGACGACGAAGUCGUGGGGUUCCGGAAUUUCUCGGUCCGGUACGCCUCGUUUCAUCAACCGGCAAAGUCCGGGGGUUCGACGGAAUCGGGCACAGACGUGGCGGUGUACGGGUGA